CUCGUCGCGCGGCGGCGGUGUGGCCCGGCCCGGCGGCAGUCAAGGUGCCGAGUGCAGCGGAGUGCGGACGGACACGAGUUAUGCGCUUCGCUUCGACCCCUCGCCCUUCCAUAUCGAUUAUUUCCGCGGCAGAAAUAACCAAGUGGCCACAACAAACAACAACAACAACAACAAGUAACGGCUUGCGUCCUUGGCGGGGCGAGUAGUAAUUUUCUCUCUGCCUCUCUUCUGUUGCCAGGGCACUCUGCGCGCGCCCGAGCCAUGGCAUGAAGGGCUGCACCCUCUCGGCAUGGGCGCCACUGGGCGUUUGCCGGGCCUGGGCGAGCCGGGCCGAGACGUAGGCCGAGCCCCUGCCGGCUGUAGCUGGGGCAAGACCCACUGCCGGCGUGCCGGGGCCAGGGCCGCCAGGGCGCCCUAGCGGCCGAGCCGUGCGGCCGAGCCGUCUGCCGGCUGCUCAAUGCGGGUGGCCCGGGCGGUGGUGGGUCGGCGGCGCUACGCCGGCUACGCUGCCGGCUCGUGGCUGCGCACGCUGCUGCUGCUGUUCGUGGUGUCGUUCGUGUGGCUGCAGCUGCACCUGGCCGGCCUGGGGCUCGGCUUCAACGGGCGCGGCUGGCGCUCCAACGGCCAGGACGGCAGCGAGGCCAACGACUCGGCCGCCAUCCUGGCCAUGGUGCCGCAGGUGCUGCACAAGUACCUGAUGGCCAGGCCCCGCAACCAGACGCAGGCGGGGCCCGGAGGGGCUGCCGGGGCGUGGCCGCCCGCUCCGGGGAACGACAGCGUGCAGCGCUCGUUCGCC